UGAAUCUCAAAAACCUUAACCAAAGCGUCAAAAUCCCCCUUAUAAUGCACUGCUUUACCGAAUUUAUGCCUAAGUUUGUCCCCACACAACCCCUAACAAAUUCGGAGUAAAUAAACUCAACACGCGCGGCAAAUUCAACAAACUUAACGCAAGCGACUUUGGCCGCCCCGCAUUACCCCGAGCAAAAGACGAAGCUCCGUUAACGAGACAGAGAUUUCGCAGCUUUGACGAGUUCGGCAAGUCAACAACAAUUCAAAUUCAACAAUCCACUGAUUUGGCUGCCUUCAGAUGGACAGUCAUAAACGAAGUGUAACGGCGUGUUGACGUUUUACCCAAAAGGCGCACCCGGCUGAACGUGUCUAACGUAUUCCCCGAAUCUCGUCGAGUCGCAUGUAGAUGGCCAAACUUGCGUCAACAACAACAAAUGCAAAUGAUAUAAAAAUAAGCCAACAAAUAUUGAAAACAAUAACUGUUUUUAUAAGUGGCAACAAGCGGCUGGGGUCAGUGUGUGGAAACCUGGAAACCAGCUCAAAUGCAGUUUGUGAAAUGUGUUUUAGUUAAGCCAAAUUCCACGCAGGAAUUCACGAAUACAAAAUGCGUUUAAGUGCAACAAUAACAACAACAACAACAGCAACAGCAACACGCAUUAAAACCAAAACGAAACAAACGCUUCAAGCUUCAACCGCAGCAACAACAACAACAACAACAGCAGCAGCAACAACAACGAGUCCUGCAACACGCCGAACUGAAUGUUUUAUUUGCAAUUUAAUACAAUUAUUUAUACUAACAACAACAAUCGUCUGCACCGCUAGCGCCAUGGGCAGUGGUUCGCUCCGGGCAGAGGCCCACUCUAUGGCCAACAUGGACGCGCUUCGUGGUCGCCAGCUGGAGGAGGGGCAGCUGCCAGCCGACUACGACUCCUCAAUGCUAGCUGCAGCUGCAGCUGCAGUUGCCAAAUUGCCAGCGGCAACAACAAUGACAUCCGCAGGAUUUCAAUUUACAACGGACACACCCACACACACACGCACACACACGCGCACACAGCAGCAGCACAUGCAGUUGGCCACAACGUUACGUGUUAGCCACGAUUCCAAUGAAAUCGAUAAUUCCUAUGCCGCUGCGGGAGCAGAAGCAGCUGCUGCCUUUAAUGCGGAUGCUGAUGCUGAUGCCGAUGACGUUCAGAAGUCGGCCAAUGAUUACGUCAUUGCCAUGGAGCAGGAGCGGGAGCAGGAGCGGGAGCAGAGCCAGGGGCACAAUAUAACGAACGAGAAAAAUGAGAGAAGAGCGCCAAAAGCAACGUCUGCCGCGCCGGCCGCCACAGCCAAUGGCAGACAACUAAUGAAUGCAAAAACACAAGAUUUAUUGUCCUUAUCGCAGCUUAGUUCGUAUCAAACAUCAACAUCGCGAACACCAGCAGCCGCCGCUGUGCAACGCGAGAAGAGCGCAUCAAGUCUGAAAAACUCCAUCGGCAUCGGUGGCGCCGCAGCUGGUGGCACAACAUUUCAACAAAUUGGCUCGCAGCGCGUCAAUGGAAAUGUGCCAGCGACCACAAUGGCCACCACCGAGGGCUCCAGCGGCCAACAGGUCGCUGGCAAUGGCUCCUUGGCAAUGCCAACCCCAACGACAGCGACCGGAGCGGAUAAGUCCCAUGUACGCACCUCGGCCAAGAAGGUGGAGAGCAAAUAUAUUCUGCCCAAGCAACAGAAAACCGAUGCACCCAUGCUCAACUAUAUCUUCGAUACCUUCUCAGCGGCUAACAAACAUCAUCAUCACGAUCAAAGAUAUGGCCCCCAUUUUGAGGACGUGCAGCGUGUCGGACAACCCACAAAUAUGACUGUACAGGCGGGCAGCAGCAUUCAUUUAAAUUGCAGAAUUUCAUUGCUCCAAGAUAAGACUGUCUCCUGGGUGCGGCGUAGUGCGCAAAAUGAGGAGAACGCAUUGGAUUUGCUAACUGUUGGCCUGCACGCCUACACAGGUGAUAAGCGCUAUAAAAUGGAAUUUCAAUAUCCCAACAACUGGCGACUGAAAAUUAUAAAUGUUAAAAAGGACGAUGAGGCGACAUACGAGUGCCAGAUCUCAACGCAUCCGCCCCGCGUUAUACAAAUUAACUUGCAUGUAAAUGCGCCAAAGGUGAUGAUUGUGGAUGAAUACGGGGACCCAUUGCAGGAGAAAUACUAUGAAAUUGAUUCCACGCUUCAGCUGUCCUGUGUGGUGCGAAAUGUGGCUAUGACUAGCUCCGUUGUUUUCUGGAAGCACAGCGAAAAUGUACUCAAUUACGAUGUAACACGAGGUGGUGUUAGUGUUAAAACCGAACUGAUGGAAGAUGGUGCGAAUUCCACUUUGUCCAUUGCGAAAAUUCACAAAGCUGAUUCCGGGAACUAUACCUGCUCCAUAAGCGAGUAUCAAAAUUUCACGAUAGUGGUGCACAUACUAAAUGGCGAAAGUUUUGCUGAGCUGCAUCAUGGUGGUGCAGGGGCCGCACAUGCCACUUGGCAAUAUAUAAUCGGACUAUAUUUCCUGCUGCUGCUUCGAUGGACCGCCAGUAGGAACGUGUUUAGAUACAGGUAAAGUUAACAAAUUGAACACCAAACGCCUAGUUUUAUAUAUUAUAUAUAAAUGAAAAAAUAUGAAAUAGGCAUAAAUUGUUCUCUUGGUAGUCUUCUUGUGUACAUUUUUGUUAAUUAAUUGUAAAGAUUUUGGAAUAGACACAUAGCGGGAAGUUAUUAGAAAUAACUAAAAACUAAGUUAAAAUUAAAACGAAAUAAGUUCAAAAAAAAAAAAGAAAACUAAACUGAAUUGUUGUUAUAAGCAAGUGUACUGUAAGUAAAUGCCUAUUUAAAUCAUAUAAUGUACUGUCUAUUCGUUUGAUAUUCGUUAGCAUCUAUUUGUACAUGUAAAAGCACACAUAAAGUUAAUAUUAAUAUAAGUCAAAUAUUUGCGUUUGGCGCAGACGAUGCCAACGAAUUUCUAUACAAACAAUGAAGGAAGAAGGAAGCCGCAUAUGAGAAUUAAAAGAACACACUUAAAUACAGGAAUGUAAGAUAACAUAUGAGCAAAAGAAUCUGUGCUGGGCUUUUAUAAAAAAAAGAAAACGUACAAUAUAAGUCCCAACACCGAGGUAUACACAUAGUACUAUUUCAAGAAUACCACAGCAUAAACAUGCGUAAUUGAACGCUUACAAUAUCUAGAGCAUAAGCAGAGAUAUGAUUAAUAAAUAUAAAACUACACAAUGAUCAGAAUAAGUUCCCCUUUACGAAAUGUGACACUAUUAUUUAUGCAUUGUUUUACUGUUUAAUCAGAUUCAGAUUUUUGAAAGCUUCAAGAAUCGUAACCAUUUCGUAUAAUUGUAUUAUAAGAAAUUCAUUUACAACUUUAACGUUACACUUUCAGUGCUUAUAGCAUUAUAGAUAAAAGUAUUAUCAAUGGGUUUGUAUUGUUUGGUAAUAAUCUUGAUCACCUCCUGCGCAGCACAUCCUCC